AAGCAGGUAGAAUAGGAAGGGGAACACUUUUUAAGACGCUAAAAAGGGCAAUAUAGUAAUUUUACCCCUGAAAUAUAAUUGCCUCUUUCAUUGCCAUUGUCUUUUCGUGUAUACAAUUUGCCAAACUGGUGGCCUCCCUCAUCAUAAAUGGAGAAUUUGGAUGGUCUUCUCCUUCACAUACUCCUAUCUAAUUGGUAUAAUUGCAUCAAAUCCAUUUAGUGAGGUCGUUUCUGGUCUGAUUUCGAUUCGUGUUGAUGGAAAGAAUCGGUGUCAGCGUCUGAUCACUCAUCUAGGGUUAGGGUUUCGACUUCGUCUUCUUCGUUUGACAGAUUCACUUCCUGCUGCUUCGGUUGCUCCGUUGAUGCCGCCAGCUGGAGGUCCCGUGAAAUGUAAUUGGACUGAGCAUACAUCUCCUGAUGGAUACAAGUACUACUACAACAGAACAACUGGUGAAAACAAAUGGGAGAAACCAGAGGAGUUUCGUAUGGUUGCAUAUUUGUAUUUUAGACGAAUAACAUGAAGCCGGUUUCUUCAUUCGUAUGCGGACAACCAGGCAAACAAAGUCUCUCCCUCCAUAAAAAGCCAACUAGCAAAACCACCAAACAUAUCUGUCAAUUCAUUUCAAGAGAGAGAGAAAGAGAGAUUUCUUCUGGAGAAGAAUCCAACUGAGAUACAUUAUAGAGAGAGAGAGAGAGAGAGAGAGAGAUGGGGAGAGCCCCUUGUUGUGACAAAGCAAAUGUGAAGAAAGGACCAUGGUCUCCUGAAGAAGAUGCAAAACUUAAAGAAUUUAUUGAGAAAUAUGGAACUGGUGGUAACUGGAUUGCUCUCCCUCAAAAAGCUGGUCUUAAAAGAUGUGGAAAGAGUUGCAGGUUAAGAUGGCUAAACUAUCUGAGACCAAAUAUAAGACAUGGUGAAUUCUCUGAAGAGGAAGAUAGGAUCAUUUUCAGCUUGUAUGCUAGCAUUGGUAGCAGAUGGUCGGUAAUAGCAGCUCAGCUACCAGGAAGGACUGACAAUGACAUCAAGAAUUACUGGAACACUAAACUGAAGAAGAAGCUUUUAACUAUGCUUCCUUAUUUUCAAGAAAAAUCAUCUUUUUUUCCACCUAUACCCUUUCAACCACAACCACCAUCAAAGGAUCAUCUUACAUCUCACCAGUUCUUGAACAAUUCAUCAUCAUUCUACACUUUUAGUACCCCUAACUUCAUGAAUGUUGACAACACUUCUAACUCUCUCUUUGUUCAUGAAGAGCAUACUAAUGUUACUGAUCUUCAGUCAUCAGUACCACCCCCACCCCCACCACUACAACUUCAUGCAAACAGUUUGAUGUGCAACAACAAUACUGAUGUUAAUGAUAACUGUUAUAGUAGUUAUAGCAUGUGCAACAGUCCAAUGCAGGAGUAUUAUCCCAACUCAUCAGCUAUGAAAGAAGGAAUGUUCAUGUUUGGAAGUGGAGCUUGUUCAUCCUCUGAAGGUGGGAGUUGCAUGGGCAAAAUCAAUUAUGGGGAUUAUUAUAAAGAUCAUGAAGAGAAGCAGAAGUAUCAAGUCAAGCAAGAAGAGUAUCAACUAGCCCUUCAUGAUCAUGCUCUUGGAGGUCAAGUUCAAAGCCAAAGUUUCAUGCUCAAGAACAACCAUGUAACCCCAUUGCAAAAUGAUCUUGAGGAAGUGAAGCUACCCAACUUCAGCAACUACUUGUUCCAUGAUGGUGAUGAAAACAAGACAACACAUUAUCAAAAGGGGAUGUGCUCUUAUGAUCACUACUGAUUAAGUGAUUAGGUUAUUUAAUUUGAAAUUUGGUGUAAUUAGUGGUAGUUAAGACAAGAUGGUCAGGUAGGUUAUGAUUUGAAAGAGCAUUGAGUGCCUUUUUUUGGUUUCCUAGAGGAUGUUCAGCUUAGAGACCUUCUGACAUAGUUUCAUGAGGUUUGUGUUGAUCUGUACUUGAUGAUGAAAAUCAAUGGAAAGCUACUAAAAAAGUGAAGUUAUUUUCUUUCUAUUA